AUGGAUUUACCGCAAAAACUUAUAAAGUAUUCUAACUUAUUCUUUGGAGCUACUACUUCAUUGGCAGCAAUUGGUCAACUGUCUUACGUUUUCCAACAAUUUGGGUUAUUCCUAUUAGGACUGUAUGCCUUAGCGUUAACAAUCCCUAUUAUUUGGUUAGAGUUCCGUGUACCUCCAAAGCUGUAUAAGUAUGCUUCGACAUAUUUCAGCUUCCUGGGGAGAGCUAUAAUAUAUCUGCUGCUUAGUGCAAUGACAAUGUACGGUUCUCUAUUUAAUAAACUGAAUGCAGUACUCCUAAUGCUAACUGGGCUUGUUUAUCUAUUCCUGCAUGCCUCUUCCAUAAUUGAUGAACCAGAAAACUUCAAGGGUCAAAAUGCAUCUAUUGCACUCAAUGACGAUAUUGAUGAUGAGGAAGACAUUAUCUAA